AUGAAGAAGGCUUGUGUUUUAUCGUUUAUUUUGUUUUGUUCUGUUGUUAUGGUUAUAAGGUUUAUCGGAUAUUUUUUUUCUAGUGUGUAUAUGAGAGAAGAAGCAUAUAAUAAUAUUUAUGAGAUUAUAAAACCUGAGAAUUUCUAUAGUUCUUUUUUAUUAUUUUCAAAGGAGAAGAAAAAUAAUUUUGAUAAUUCUAGAAAUUGUAAUGGAUAUAUGAGAUGUGAUCCUUUUUAUAAAAAUAUUUCUACAUCAUGGAUGAGAUAUAAUUUAAUAGAACAUGAUAUUAUUAGAGGUGCAUUAAAUAUACAUAUGAUGAGUAAAUAUAAAAAGGAAACUAAUAAAUUAUUAAAAGGAAAAGAUAAUGUAGAAAGUGUAAAUAAUAAUAAUAUGUCCAAUGGUUAUUUACAUUCAGUUUUAAAAAAAGAAAAACGUUUAAUGUUCCUUUUAUUUUAUAAAAAAAUUAGGAUGAUGAAAUUAUAUAUAAGGAAUUUAUUUAAUAACUACAUUAAAAGUGAUGAUAAAACAGAUCAUAUUGAGAAUAAUAUAGACACUAAUAAAAAAAUGGUUGAUAUUGAAGAAAUUAAAUUGUUUGAUAUUCUAUAUAUGAUAACAAGAAUUGAUAGUUAUGUAAAUAAUAUGUACUCCAUCAUUUAUAAUAAUUUCUUGUAUGUUAUAAGAAUAUUAUUUCUUCCAUUUGAAAAAAUGUAUUUAUUUUUAAAACACACCAUAAUGAUAAAACAAAUGAACAUGUCUUAUUAUCAUUAUUAUUAUAUAAAUAUGUUUUCUUUGUUUAAAAAAAAUAACAACAAUAAUGUUGACGUGUGGAAUGUAAAUAAUAAAAAAUAUGAAGAUAUUUUUAAUCAUAUACAUAGUGUAACAUCUCAUAAUGAAUACUUAAAAAAUGAAGUGUCAGAUAAAUAUAGAAGAGUUAUACGUAUUUUAUCUGUGAAGAAUGAUAAUUCUUUUGUAGGUUCUGUGUUAACAGAUUCUGACAAAGUUGAAAAGGAUGAUUCAGAUGUAAUAAAACAGAAAAAAAAAAAUAUAAAUCAAAAUAAAAAUCAACCUAAAAAUCAACCUAAAAAUGAAUAUAUAAAUCAAAAUAUGAAUAGCAAAAAAUCGGACAUAUCAGAUGAAUUAUCAUUAGAAUCCUUUUACAGAGAAGAAUUAGAUAAAGUAGGAAAAGAAGAAAUUGAAAAAUAUUUUAAAGGAAAAAUAGAUAAAAAGUCAAUUGAUGAAUUUUAUAAAAUAUUUCAUGAAGAGUUAUAUAAGAUGAGCAAGGAUGAAUUAUAUGAAAUGUUCAGAGAAGAAUUAAAUAGCAUUGAACAAGAAAAAAUAAAAAAUAUGAAGAAAGAAGAAAUUAAUAAAAUGUAUAAAGAAGAAUUAGAUAAAAUGGAUCGUGAUGAAAUUGAUAGAAUACAUAGAGAAGAAUUAGAAAAAAUUGAAAAAGAAAAAAUAAAUAAAAUGGAUAAAGAAGAUAUAGAUAAAAUAUAUAAAGAAGAAUUAAAUAAAAUGGAUAAUGAUAAAAUUGAUAAUAUAAGAAGAGAAAUAUUACAAGAUAUACAAAAAGAAAAAAUCCAUAAUUUAAAAGUAGAAGAAAUUGAUAGACUUUAUAAAGAAGAAUUAGAUAAAAUGGACAGAGAUGCAAUAUAUGAAAUGCAUAUGAGAAAAUUAGGAAGAAAUUUAAAAGAAAAUAAUAUAUAUAGAAAUUUAAAGAAUGAAUCUAAACAAAUAAAUAAAAAAGAAAAUGUAAAUGUUUUUAUAAUACACGAUAAUAAAAAUAUUAAUGAUAAUAAAAAUAUUAGUGAUAAUAAAAAUAUUAGUGAUAAUAAAAAUAUUAAUGAUAAUAAAAAAAAUAAUGAAAAAGUUCAAGUAGAAUUGUUUGUGAGAAAUAUCGAUAAAGACAAAGGAGCCAACAUAGAAGAUAUUAUAGAAUAUUUUAAUAAAGAAAUUAAAAAAGAUAAAAAUCUAAAUGUUUCAGAUAUAAUCAAUUUUUUAAAUUCAAAAGUAGAAAAGGAUAACACAUCAAUUCAACAUAAGAAAGAAAAUAAAGUCGAUGUUGUGAAGAAAAAUAUUAAGAUUGAUCAAGAGGAUAAUAUAGAAAAUAAAGGUCAAAAGGAUAACACUGAAAUGUUAGAUAAUAUUAAAGAUAUAAUAAACAAGGUGGAUAAUAUAAACAACAAUGUUGAUAAUAUAAACAAUGUUGAUAAUAUAAACAAUGUUGAUAAUAUAAACAAUGUGGGUGAUGAAAAUAAUGAUAAUAUAAACAACAAUUUUGAUAAUAUAAACAAUGUGAGUGAUGAAAAUAAUGAUAAUAUAAACAACAAUUUUGAUAAUAUAAACAAUGUGAGUGAUGAAAAUAGUGAUAAUGUCAACAACAUUGUUGAAUAUAUAGACGAACAGGAGAAAAAUUCAAAUGUGGAUAUUCCAAAUAAUAUAAACUGGCCCCACAUAUUUAAAGACAAAGUAACAGAAAACAUAAAAAAUGAAAAACAUUUCAACAACGAGAAAGAAAAUACACAAAAGGAUAUUAUUGAAGAAGAUAAUAUUAAUGAUAAUUCAAAAAAUGAUUAUAUAGAUAAAGAUAUAUAUAUGAAUGAUUCAGUGAAUGAAGUUGUUGCACCAGAAAAAUAUGUAGAAGAAGUAAAUAAGAUAGAUGAUAAAAAUAUAAAUAUUGAAGAAAUAGAAGAGAAUUAUCAAAAGAAUAAUAAUAUUGAAGAAGAAAAAAAUAUAAUAGAUAAUAAUAUAAACAAAAAAUAUAUAUAUAAUAUACAAAAGGGUGAUAUUAUAAAUAAUAAAAAUACAAAUGUAAGUGAAGAUAUAGCUAUUAUAGAAAGUGGAAAAGAAAUAGCAGAACUUUUUAAUAAUAUAAUUAAGAAUAGUAAUAUUUUAGACAUGUGCUCAAAAAUGAAUCCUUCAGAUAGUGAUAAAGGAUUUAUAUGUGUAAACGGAAAUAAUUAUAUUAUAAAUCCUGGUAUAUAUCAUAUAAUUAAUAUAAAAUAUCCAGAUUAUAAUUAUUCUAAAAAAAGAUUAUUAUAUGAUUCGAUGGAGUGUAUAGAUAUAAAUAAGAAAGAUAAUAAUGAUAAUAAUAAUAAUAAUAAUAGUCAAAAUAAUUAUUAUAAUAAAAAAAAAAGUAAUGAUUUAUAUUUAAAAAAAUCUAUUGAAGAACUUGUUCCAGGAUUUUUAAGCAAUAUUAAUAAUAAAGUUGAUGAUUUUGUCAAAAUAUUUACUCCAUCAUUUAUUCAGAAUGAUAUAUUUUUAAAUUGUAUUUACAAAUAUAGAAAUGAUUUUGAUAGGAAUGAUAAUUUGUAUUCGUUUCCUGUCAAGAUAUUUUUAAGAAAAAGCACAAACAAAAUGAAAGGUUGUUCUUUUCAAACUGACGAAGAUUCUUUCUUAUAUAAAGAUUAUGGGCAAAAAGAAUCAUUUCUAACUAAUAAAAUUAUUUUAAAUAAUUUGAAUAGAAAUACUGAGUGUGUAUUGCAUGCAUCAAAUGAAAUAGUUGGUUUUCAAUGUGGACCUCCAUAUAAAUCUUAUGAUAAUAUACAACACAGCAACACAACAAAUAAUACAAAUAAUAUUAAUAGUAUGAAUAAUAUAUAUAGUAUAUAUAAUUAUAUUCCAUAUUCUCAUUUAUAUAGAAAUAUAUUUAAUAAUCAACAAAAAUCAUAUAACGUAGGAGGAUAUUUUCAAACAGAACCCAUAAAUUGUUUUGAAUAUGUAAAUGAUAAUGUUAACGUUAAAAAUAUUUUGCCAGCAUCGAUUGCAUUUCCUAGAUUUGAUUCUAUUAGUGAUACACUAGAUGUUAACCAUACAAGAUAUAUAAUGUUGAAUGAGACAAAUGAAGAUAAAAUAAUAUAUUGUACCUGUAAUUAUUUUAGAGAACCAAAUAUUGUCUAUACAGGUAAAAUAAUUAUUAAGGUCGAAGAAGAAAAAAUAUAUAAAAAUAAAAAAUUGCAAACUGAAAUUAAUGAUGUUAUAAAUAAUAAUAAUAAAGAAAUAUAUGAAGAAACAAAUAUUAAUAAUGUAAUUGAAAAAAAAAAAAAAAAAAAAAACGAUCAAGAAGAAAAUCAUAUCUCAUUUAAUAAAAAUUUUAAAAUAGAUGAUAUAUAUAAUUUUUAUAAUAAGAAUAUUCAUUCUAAUAAUAAUUACCAUCAUAAUGAUUCUUUUAAAGGAGACCAUCCAAACAAAAUACAUGAUACGUUUCUUAAGAAUAAUAAAUACAAUAUAUUUUUUAAUAAUUUAAAAUAUAAUAAUAUUAAAAAUGACCAUAAAUAUAACAAAGAUGUUCUCAAUUAUAAAUAUGAUGUUGAUGAUUAUCACGAGGUUCAAGUUAACAAUGAGGGUUCAUCUAAAGAACAAGAAGAUUUUAUUGAUUUUAAAGAAAAUAUAAUUAAUGAUAAUAUCAACUAUAAUCAUAAAGAUCUAGAUGAUGAUGAUGAUGAUAAAUAUAACAACAGUAACAACAACAAUAAUAAUAAUAUUAAUUCUUGGAAGUCAUUUGAAAAUAAUCUUGAUCUUCAAAGAAGUAUAUUACAAGCUGGAGAUACACAACAAGUACUUGUAAUUAAUAAAUCUAAUAAUGUAAAUGUUCUUUUUCCAGAUAAAAAAAAAAAUCACACUCAUCCAAAUGAAGACAAAGAAACAUUUCCUAAAUAUAUCUCUUUAGUAUAUAAAGAAAAAAAUAAAGACCAUGAAAAAAUAGACAAGACAUUAACUUUUAUUAAGGAAUUCUAUCCUCCAUCACUUAGAGGAGGUAAAGAAAAUGAAAUGGAAAAUAAACAAAAUUUGGAGAAUAACAAUGAUGUAGAAAUAAAGGAUGAUAUAAAAAAAAAUGAUAAUAAGGAAAUGAACUAUGAUGUUGAUAUAAACGAUAAUGUUGAAAUAAACAAUAAUGUUGAAAUAAACGAUAAUGUUGAUAUAAACGAUAAUGUUGAAAUAAACGAUAAUGUUGAAAUAAACGAUAAUGUUGAAAUAAACGAUAAUGUUGAUAUAAACGAUAAUAUACAUGAUGGUAAUAAUAAUUUACCAGAUGAUGCUCUUAAUGAAGAUACUAUUGAAGAACCCUUUGAAAAUAUUUUUGAUUUUAUAAAUGAAGAAACAAGGUCAAAUGGAGACCAGGAAAUAAAUGCUGCUUCAGAAGAUUCUAUAAAAAAAAAAUUAAGUCAGAAUUUUCUCGACAUAAUACGUGGAGGGAAAUUUAAAAUAAGACAUAAAGAAAAAAAUAAAAAAAAAAAGAUAAAAAAUUAA